AUGGAGGAGAACUUUAAAGAAAAAGAGUUCGAAGGAGUUAUUAAAUUUACACCUCCUCUGUACAAACAGCGCUACCAGUUCGUCAAAGAUUUGGUGGAGAAAUACAAACCUAAGAAGGUGGCAGAUUUAGGAUGUGCUGACUGCAGGCUUCUCUGGAUGCUGAAAUUCUGCAGUUGCAUUGAAGUGUUAGCUGGGCUAGAUAUCUCUGCAAGUGUAAUGAAAGCGAAAAUGCAUACGUUAUCUCCUCUUCCUUUUGAUUAUUUGCAACCAUCUGAAAGAUCCCUGACCGUUACCUUGCAUCACGGUUCAGUGGCCCAUAAAGAUCCUUGCAUGCUUGGUUUUGACUUGGUGACAUGUAUCGAACUAAUAGAACACCUGGAAGAAUCGGAGCUGAAGAAGUUUCCUGAAGUGGUGUUUGGUUUCAUGGCUCCAAGCAUAGUUGUGAUCAGUACUCCAAAUUCUGAAUUUAACCCUUUGCUUCCAGGAGUGGUGUUACACAGACAUCCAGAUCACAAAUUUGAGUGGAACCAAGAGCAAUUUCAAAGCUGGGCUCUAGAGGCUGCUAGAUGCUAUGAUUACUCAGUGGAAUUUACUGGUGUAGGGCACCCCCCAAAAGGAAUGGAGAAUGUUGGGUUUUGUACCCAAAUAGGUGUGUUUGUUAGAAAACAUCCUCAAACUGGUGGAUCUGUUCAGUAUGAGAAACCCACUGAAGCAGUUUACGAAACAGUCUUCAAAGCAGUGUAUCCAAGUCUGAAAGAUGAGAAGUACUUACGGAAUGCAGUUGUCAGUGAAGUUCUUUUCAUAGCCCAAAACAUUAAGCACCACUUAAUGCCAGAACAUGAGGAGUAUGAUGAUGACCCUGAAAGAGAAUCUGAAUUCCAGCCUUCAGUGGACUGUUUUUCAGACUAUCUUGAAAAGCUGGUUGUGGAUAAAACCAUGGAACCAUUUGUCAGUGGAAAUGAGGUCUAUAUACCUCUUGCAACAAUCUUUUCUUUUCCCAAAGUGAAUCAACUGUGUGGUACCUUGGAGAAGUUAUGCAAACUCAUUGCUGGCAAGGUCCCCCUGAGCAGUGAUGGUUCUGCUGUGGUGUUCAACACCGAACAUGAAAACGAGGAGGAUUAGAUCACAGAUUUCUCACACAAAGGUCAGUUAAAGUAAUUAAAGUGGUUUUUUAGUAGCUGUCAAA